AUGAUGCAGAAUGUUUCAGUGAGCGCUGUGUUUACGCUGGCAGGGUUAGGUGGGAUUUCAUACUACAGAGUUCCUCUGUUUGCUCUCACUUUGCUGUGUUACGGUGUGAUUUGGCUGUUGAAUCUAACUAUUAUUGUGACAAUCAUCGUGGAUAAAAAUCUGCAUGAACCCAUGUACAUCUUCCUCUGUAAUCUGUGCAUCAAUGGACUCUAUGGGACAUCAGGUUUUUAUCCCAAAUUCCUCAGUGAUCUUCUGUCUACCACUCAUGUCAUCUCUUAUGCUGGAUGUCUUUUACAGGGUUUUGUGUUGCACUCUUCAGCCUGUGCUGACUUAUCUUUUCUAGCUCUGAUGGCCUAUGACAGAUAUGUGGCUAUAUGCCAACCUCUGGUGUACCACUCUGUGAUGACUAAACAAAGAAUUUGUCUCUUUGUGUCCUUUGCAUGGCUGAUUCCAUUUUAUGUGAUGUUUAUGGGCACAAUUACAACAUCAAUGUCGAGAAUAUGUGGCUCACACAUACCAAAGAUCUACUGUGUCAACUUGUUAGUUUCUAAUCUAGCUUGCUCUGCCUCUCUAGCUAAAAUUAUCAUUCCAGCUUUUAAUUAUACUUUCUAUUUUGGCCAUUUCGUUUUCAUUAUUUGGUCUUAUGUAUAUCUGAUCAGGACAAGCUCAGGAUCUAGAGCGGGGAGGGCAAAGUUCAUGCAAACAUGUUUGCCACACUUAUUUUGUUUACUUGCUUUAGUUAUGUGUUUGCUCUUUGAUUUGUUGUACAUGCGAUUCGGCUCUAAGGACUUAUCACAAAUUAUCCAGAAUUUCAUGGCAAUAGAAUUCCUCCUCAUUCCUCCCAUCUUAAAUCCUGUCAUAUACGGUUUAAAAUUGACACAAAUAAGAAACAGGAUUAUUCAGUUCCUCCUGUGUCCUCAACACCUUUAA